ACAUGGCAAAUUCUUCCAAGUUGGUUUCAUGUGUAGUUUUGGGCAUUUUGGCAAUGAGCUGCCUCUCCCCACACAGCUGCGAGCCUGAGCCUGAGCCUGUUCCGUUGUUUGUUUUUGGAGAUUCACUUUACGACGUCGGAAUUAACAACUACAUCAACACCAGCGCUCAGGCCAACUUCCCGCCCUACGGCGAAACUUUCUUCAAGUUUCCCACCGGAAGAUUCUCCGAUGGCCGCGUCAUUCCCGACUUCAUCGCUGAAUAUGCAAACUUACCAUUAAUUCUUCCAUAUCUUUAUCCGGGCAUUAAGGAUUAUGUUAAGGGAGUAAAUUUCGCAUCAGGAGGAGCUGGAGCACUCGAUCAAACCUUCCCACAGCUUGCGGUAACCUUGAGAACUCAGCUGGGAUAUUUCAAAGAAAUGGAAACCAAGUUAAGAAACAAACUUGGAACUUCAGAGACAAAGAAACUACUGUCCAGAGCCGUUUACUUGAUCGCCAUUGGAGGCAACGAUUACGGUGCUUUUGAUUCAAAUUUCACAGUUUAUCAAUCCUACACCACCGAACAAUAUGUUGAUUCAGUCAUAGGAAACAUGAGCAGUGUCAUCAAAGGAAUUUAUAAGAUGGGAGGGAGGAAAUUUUCAGUGUUGAAUGUUGGGCCUAUGGAUCGAUUGCCGGCCAUGCGAGAGGCAGCUAUAUACCAUGGGAGAGUUGAUUGGGUGGAACAAGUUGAGAAUUUUGCUGUGUUGCACAACCAACAGCUUCCUAAAGCUCUCCAAAAGCUUCAACAAAAGCUCAAAGGAUUCAUCUAUUCCCAUACUGAUUUCUACACUGCUCUCAAUGACAUCAUCGACAACCCUACAAAAUAUGGUAUAAAAGAAGUGAAGAGUGGAUGCUGUGGAAUUGGGCCAUUGAGAGGAACAAAUAGCUGCGGAGGGAAGAGGGGCAUAAAAGAAUAUGAGCUAUGUGGAAAUCCUGAGGAAUAUGUGUUCUUUGAUGCCACCCAUUUAACUCAUAGAGCAUAUCAGAUAAUAGCACAAAUUAUGUGGACUGGGACUUCCAAUAUUACCACUCCUCUUAAUGUCAAGUCCUUAUUCUACAUAUAAAUUAAUAUAUUAUGUUUGAUUAUCAAUAGAGAAUAAAUGAAUUAUUUCAGUUUACUUGCUUUCCUAUCUGAAACCUAAAUGAUGAAUUUUUCAU